UAUGUAGUUUGCACAAAGUGAUGGAUUUUAUAUUAAUAUAUUAUAUUAUAGUAUAUCUAUGUAUCAUCAUAUUUUGUUCACAGUGUAUUUACUCAUAACUAUUUUACAUUUUUAUACUCAAUACUUGCAAUUUACCAUUUGUUACUCUAGUCACAAUUACUUGCCAGUUGACCAGACCACAGAAUCUGAGUCUAGACGUUUAUAUCGUAUUAGUAGUUAUAUUAUAGUAUACUAUAUUAGUUUAUUAUUGUGUAGUAUAAUACAUAUAAUUACUAGCACAGUCAACAGUCGCUACAUUGUACUUACACCUCUAUUUAUAAAAUAUUUAUUAUGUAUAUGUAUAUUUCAAGACGAAAUACUGAAGUAUAUUGGUCAUUGUUGUUGACAGGUAUCUGUUUUACUUAACACGUGUACAAGUAAACAAGUAUAAGUAAUAUCUUCUAGUAUAUUACAAUUAUAUACAUAGAAUACUUUUCUGAUGGCGGCCAUCAAUAAAAAGGGCACUUCUGCAGUGUUUAAAAACUUAACAUACUGACUUAGGUAACCAUACGGUUGUAAGCUACAUAUUUAGCAAUGAUAACAUAUCAAAUAGAAUACAAACAUUACAAAUAUUUUUAAGGUAUAUUGAUUAACAGUGAGAAUUUUACGAAGAAUAUAAAUUCUAAAAAAGAGAAAUUUAUUCAAAAAAAGAUUUUAAAUGAGAAGAAAGUAAGAUGUAAAUGUUUAUGUUUGAGUGGAAAUGGAAGCAAUAGUACUUGCAAUUGAUGUAGGAAAAAGUUCCUUACAACAUGAUUCAGAUGGAAAAACAUAUUUUGAAAAAUCUAAAUUUUGUGUUUCUAUGAUUUUAAAGAGAAAAAUAUUUGCUGAAAGUAAAGAUUAUUUAGCAUUAAUAUUGUUUGGAUCCUCUCAUACAAAUAACCAUCUUUCACUCAAAGGAUGUUACGACAAUAUAGAAAUAGUUACUAGCUUAGGGAUAGUGACAUGGGAUUUAGUUAAACAUAUUAACAGUUUAUCAUCAGCAGAUAUAACACCUUCAAAUUGGCUUAAUACUCUUGUCCUUGCAGCAGAUAUUUUGAAAAAAGAAACUGAAGAGAAAAUAUUUAAGGAACUCCAGAUUGUUAUGUUUUCAAAUCUUGAAGCUGAUGUUUCAUUUGAUAAAUUAAAUAUUAUUGCAAGCUGUUUAAAAACUCAAAAUAUUAAUUUAACCAUAGUAGGUAAAGAUUGUGAAGUUCUAUCACUCAAUCCUAAGUUAGAAACAUUUAUCAUAGAAACUGAGGCAACUGCUGUUAAUUUUGAUUCAGUUCUGCCUAAAUUAAGUCAUUAUAAACAAAAAGAAGUAACUCCAAGAGCUUGGAAUAUCCCUUUGAGCUUUGGAAAUGUUUUCAAUAUUAGAGUUUGCGGUUAUAAGAAGAUAGAUGAGUCAGCUAAAAGCUUAAAGUGGUUAUUAUGUAAGAAUUAUGAUACAGAAGAUUCAAUUACAGCAAUGAAGAAACACACUACAUACUUUUACAUUGAAAAUAGUGAACAAAUACAAGUUGAUCGUGAGGAUAUAAUAGAUGGAUUUCGUUUUGGUGAUACAAUUAUACCCGUCUCCAAUUUGGAUACAGAUGCAUAUAGUUAUAAAUCUGGUCCAAGAUGUUUACAAGUAUUGGGGUUUACAAAAGCUAAAAAUAUACAGAGAUCAUUUUUAAUGGACGGAGGAUCAUAUAUUUUUAAACCUCACAAAGAAGAUGUUGUUGCAUUUAAAGCUGUUUUCAAUGCUAUGGUUGAAAGAGAAGAAUUAAUGAUUGUUAGAAAAGUUUAUUUAAAUAAUUGUUUACCAACCAUUUGUGUAAUGUUUCCUCAGAGAGAAGAUACUGAAAAUUAUUUUAUUUGUGUUAAUCUGCCAUUUGCUGAAGAUGAGCAUUUAUUUAAACUUCCAUCAUUAAAAUCAUUUAAGCCAAAUUAUGAAGAAAAUAAUGCUGUCCGUAACCUUAUAGAUGCAAUGGACUUGGAUAAAGAUGGAAAUGAAUUGUUCAUGCCAGAAAAUACACAUGACCCUGAAUUACAAUAUGUGUAUGAUUGUAUUGCUCAAAAAGCUAUUAAUCCAAACAAAUUAUUAACAAAAGCAAUUCCAGAGCCUAUCCAAAGUUUACUAAACCCUCCUAAAAGAAUUAUGGAAAAGAGUAAACAAACUAUAAAUGAAAUUAUAAAAAUAUUUUCACUUCAACAAGAAAAAUAUGAAAAGUGUUUAGUUGAAGAUAAUAAUAUUUUACAGUUUGAUUGUGAUGAAGAAACAGACUUUUCAAAACAAUGUGUAAUUACAGCAUUUAGCCCAAUAGAAGAUUUUAAUAAACUUUUAAAAAACGGAUUUAAUUCUGUGAUAGUUUGCGAAAAUAUGAAACACAUAACUCUAGACUUAAUAGAAUCUAGUACAAGUAUGGAAGACUUAGAAAAACCAGCAUUAAAUUUGAAAGUUUUAAGAGAAUUUUAUAUAAAUAAUAAUGAUAUUAAGUCAUAUAAUAAUUUGAUGUAUCUUGUAAAAGAUUCAGUUCUCAUAUCUGGUAAAGAAGGAAUGUGGUCACAGUUUGUUGAUAGUGGAAUAGGACUUAUUACGAAUCAAGAGAUAGAAAUAAGUGAUAUAUCACAAGAAUUAUCUGAACAAUUUAUGAAACAUGAAGUUUUACAAGAUGUUGCAGCAGAGUUUAUAAUUGAUGAUGACGAUCCAGUUCCAUUAUCAGCGUAUAAUGAAGUACUAGAGAGAGCAGUAAUAGCUGAAUCAAAAGUGGAGUCAAGUAAUGCGUUUAAAUGGUUCGUAACUGCCCGUUCUGCUAUAGAAGAAUUUGAGGAUACACACCUUCGUAAGAUAAGAAUUGAAGUACCAAAAGAUAACAUUAAUGAUAUAUUUGAAAAGAGACGAUUAAGAAGACAAAUUAAAUGGCAACAGAUCUUAGAAAAAUGCGAAGAGUAUGAUGUUCAAAAAUUAUUACAACGGCUAGAAAAUAAUAAAAUGUUAAAAGAUGACUUUUGUUUACGAAUUUCCGUUGCCUAUGGCAUGUUAUCAAAAAUAAUUCAUAACGCAAUGUUAACACCAGGUUCUGGACAAAUAAGUUUUAGUUUUCUCACAUCGGAUGAAGAUGUGAAUAAAGCUAUACAAAUUUUCAUGCAAGGGUUCGAAAUAAAAGAUCAGAUUAUUGAAACAAUUAAAUGAAAAUAUGUAAAUGUAAAAUAAGUUCAAUAUUUCAAUAUUUUAAUUUAUUUUAAGAUUAAUAGAAAUGUUAUAAUCAAUAAAUUAAAAUAAAAAAAAUCA